AUGGUGGAGCUGAGCUUUAAAAGAACUGGUCGAAUCCUGUUACAUAUCCUUCUUACAACCCUCUGUGUGCAAGGUCAUGCAGUGGCUACAGAGAAUGACAGAGAUUUUAAGAUGUGUGGUACAUGGGUCCACAGAAAUGGCCCUCUAAAGCUGGCUGCCAAUGUGACAACUGGCUGUGCAGGAGUGAAUAUUUCAGCAGAUGACAGCACACUGUUAAUCCAAGCGUCCAUAACAGGACGAUGUGAAACCGAUAGGAAUAUUGCUUUGGAGAACACUUCUAAGAUUUCAAGUCACUUCUGCGUGUUCUGGGAUCCACUACUGGACUUCCUGAUGGUGGAGAUAAACCGACGUAACUAUACGCUCUGUACGCCAGAUAACCUCCAGACCUGGUGUUGUACUGAUCUUUCUGCUGGACGCCAGGGAACAACACAAGAGUAUGGAAUCCAGAAUGGCAGCGUGCAUGGAGACCCCCUCAGUGACAAAGUCCUGGCAUUCUAUGUUUUUGAGGGCAAUAUGAUUAACUGCAUGAAGGCAUUUUGCGAAAAGACAACCCAGGUGUCCAGUGGAGCCAACAUGAUUGAGGAUGCUGUGAUGAAAUCUGGAGUGGUGGGCAGGGUGGAUCUGUCUUGCAUUAAGAGCACUGUGGUGGAGAUGAAUGAAAACUUUGCCGGAGACAACAUCACGUUCCCUGUCCCAAGAGGUGUUCUACCAAAUAUGAUUCCGUCAAUACACCUGCCAGCCAGCCUAAAACCAGCAAAAACUAAAAAAGCCAAAGUGGUCUGUACCUACCACAAGAACAGCACAUAUUUUCAGAAGAGUUCUAAGAAGAUUUUAGAAGAUAAUGUUGUUGGGAUCUCUGUGGAAAAUGAGAUCAUCACAAACCUUGUGGAGCCUGUCAGAAUUACAUUUCAUCACUCACCCAUUCUGGCAAAUGAGAUUAGAAAAUGUGUUUCGUGGGAUACACGAAAAGAUACUGAUAUUGAGUGGAGGGAGGAUGGUUGCGAAACAGUUUACCUCAGCUCAACGAAUACAGAGUGCUGUUGUAACCACCUUACGUACUUUGCAAUUCUUGUGGAAAUGAACCCUGGGAAAACUCCUCGCCAUCUAGAAGCUCUCACCUUCAUUACAGCUGUGGGCUGUGCUGUGUCCAUCAUCAGCUGUGCGAUUCUCUUUGUAUCGCUCUGCAGGCAGAGGAGAGCCAAAGACCAAUCCAGCCUUGUGCAUCGUGGCUUAGUCGUGUCUCUCUUCUUUCUCUGCGUCCUGUUCAUCCUCUCCGGCACUGUUGCCAAUGUCGCUAAUGAGAGGGUGUGCCAGUUUAUGGCCGGGCUUCUGCAUUAUGUGCUUCUCAGUGUCCUCUGCUGGAUGGCUGUAGAAGUUGUCCAUACAUUCUGGAUGAUCCACAUGGUGUUUAGUCCAUCGCCAAAGCCAUGGAUCUGGUACCUGAUGGGAUUUGGUUUUCCAGUGAUACCUGUUACUAUUCUAGCGUCCAUGGGAAACGUUUACGGUGAAAGGAUAAUCACACCAACUGAUGUUACCAUAAAACCCUAUCGCAUGUGCUGGAUGACUGACUCUCACGCCGCUCAGUUGGCCCACUUCAUAACUAAUGUAGGACUGCUGGCUUUGGUGGUGAGCUCUGGUUCUGUUAUGCUUGUCCUGGUGGUGUGGAAGAUCCAUAACCGAGAUGAAUGGAGAAGGAAUUGUGUGGCCUUUCUCAGCAUAUGGGGUCUAAGCUGUUUGUUUGGCACCACCUGGGCUUUGGCAUUCUUCAGUUUUGAUAUCUCAGAAACUGCCCUCUUCCUCUUUUGCAUCAUUAACAGCUUACAAGGUUUCUUCCUCAUGCUGAGGUUCUUUGCUCUGGAGCGUAUGAGGAAGAAUACUUUUGGUUCGGAUUAUAGCAGCAGCACAGGAUCCACAAGACAACACAUGCUACAACCCCAGGAGAAGAGCUAG